UCAUCGUUUCUAUGUUUGUUUCUCUCACUCUCCUCCGCUCAGUGCUUCAGCUCUCAUCGCCUCCUUCCUCCUUCUCCUUUGUCAUUCUUCGUUUUGGUGCAAUGGCGGAAACAGAAGAGCUACCGGAAGAGAUCAUAGUGAAUAUCUUUACUUGGUUGCCCGUCAAGUCCUUAAUCCGAUUCACCUCCGUUUCCAAACGCCUGCAUUCCAUUAUAUUGUCCGAUCCCAAAUUCGCCCAAUCCCAACUCAAAGCAGCUCGUCAGCAGAAAACCCUCAGCCACAGACACCUCGUCUCCACCGACGCCCCUCAACUCGAAUCCCUACAGUUGGAUGAUACGCCGUCGUUUGGAGAGCCUUCCUCCGUUAGAAAGUUCAGCUUCCCUUUCCAGCCACAACCGGGCGGUUAUGUCAAGUUACUGGGCUCCUGCAAUGGUCUGGUAUUUGUAGCUGUUGAUAAGAAAUUCUUUUAUAUCUGGAACCCAUCGAUUGGGUUCUUCAAGCAAUUACCUGACCCAGGUUUUCCCUUAUAUGAAAAUGUGCUAGCCUAUUAUGGUGUUGCCUAUUUAUCCGCCACCGAUGACUUCAAAGUUUUGGUAGCCACCUUUGGCUUUGGUGGAACCAAGUUAGAGGUCGAGAUAUUCUCAGUGAGAACUCAUCUUUGGGGGAGGAUUGAAUCCCUCAGCGAUGUUGAACUCCGUAGUCAGGGGACUUUUUCGAAUAAUGCACUUCAUUGGCUAAAUCACCAUAACCAGCAUGAAAUGGUCUCUUUUGACUUGGCUGUGCAGGAGUUCCGGAGAAUGCCACUGCCUAAUUUCGACCAUGAUGGUAAGAGUUUAAGCUAUCUUGGGGUUUGUGGAGGGUGCCUGUGUGUGUCGCGUGUUCCGAAGGGUGCUUGUGACUCUAUUGAUCUCUGGGUCAUGAAAGAAUAUGACGUGUGUGACUCGUGGUCUAUGCUCUUUAGCUUAAAGCUCUCCCAUCCGCCUGAGUUGCGCUUGCAUUCCAGAGAAUUCUUGGUUGUGGAAACUCGUACAGUUGUCGCGAAUUGGACCGGCAAGGGGUUCGAGUUGAUAAGGAUUGAUCAUGCAGAAGACGAGAAGCUUGGGUUGUAUAUGCUUAAGGGGGUUCGCAUUUGUAUGAUUGAAUAUGAAGAGAGUCUACUUUGGAUCAGUGGUUGUCAUUCAGGAGAAAGAGAUAGAGCAGGUCAAGAUACUCGAAACCCAUCAGAAGGCCUCAGGAAGCUGAAAUGGAAGUAAUGUUUGCUCUUUGUAAUCAAAUGACAGAUGAUGAUUGAAUGUGUUGUUUCAUUGAUUUUGUGGGGGGUUUUCAGAUGCAAGAUUGCAAGAGCAAGCUUAAUGCGUCCUCGGUGGUGAUGAAGAUCCUCAUAAUUUCACCACUUCAAGCUACCUAUAUGUAUUUAUGUUCUGUAACACUGUUAGGAUUAUUAUAAUUAUUAGUAUGCAAGGAGACCCAAAAAUGGAACUGUAAAUGCAAUCUUUUUGGAAUAGUCUGAGACUGUAGUGACUGGCUAACUUAAACUGUGAACGUGCUUGAGCUUAACUUCUUGACUACUUAUCGAUAUGGCUCAUCCAUGUUUCAAGAUUGGAGCCUCAAUCUUGGGCUAUAAUGUAUGCUUUGAAUUUACAAUCAAUUUCUCAUUUUGUGAAGAAACAAAAGACUCUAGACUAG